AUGCAGCCCCGCAGGGGCAAGUGUGAUGGCCAGAAGGUUAUUGUUAACGUGUCCAUCAAGUUUGGCAAGAACGCUACACGGACCAUCGGGAGUCUCUCUGGGAACCCCUCCAGCUCCCCGGCUGGAUCAAGGAACCCUCGGGCCGCAGCCCCCGUGGCCCCCGGAGAGGUGGUGGAGACCGCAGAGGGGGUGUGCAGAUUCCCAGGGCAGCGGCUGAGCUGGUGGCAGGCCCAGGAGUCCUGUGAGCAGCGGUUUGGCCACCUGCCACUGGUGCCCCCAGAGGGGAUUCUUGCUGCACGGCUGCGCGACACGGUCUGGGCGGCGCAAAGAGAGGCCAAUCGCCGGAGGCCCCCGCAGAGGCGCGUGCGCAGCGCGGCGGCGCUGGUGUUCGGCGAGCGCUCGGCGGAGCGUGCGGCGCGGCUGCGGACGGCGCUGCCGGCGCUGGCGGCGCUGACGGCGUGCGCGCACGUGCAGUGGGACGCGACCUCGUCCGCCGCCGCCGCGCUUUUCUCGCUCGCCGCGCCCGCGCUGCCCAAUGCGCUGCAGCUGCGCGCCUUCGCCGAGCCCAGAGGGGCCGUGCGCGCGGCGCUCGUCGUGCGCGGCCACCACGCGCCCUUCCGCGCCGCCUUCCGCGCCGACGGCCGCUGGCACCACGUGUGUGCCACGUGGGAGCAGCGCGGCGGGAGCUGGGCGCUGUUCGCCGACGGGCGGCUGCGCGCUGGGGCGCGGGGGCUGGCCGCGGGCCGCCCGGUGCCACCCGGCGGCGUCCUGGUGCUGGGCCAGGAUCAGGACUCCCUGGGCGGCGGCUUCUCGGCACGGGACGCCUUCAGCGGCAACCUCACCGACUUCCACCUGUGGGCCCGGGCGCUGAGCCCCUCGCAGCUGCGCAGGGCACAGGCCUGUGCGCCGCCUCCAGGUGGCCUGCUUUUCCGCUGGGACCCGGCUGCCCUGGACGUCACGCCGGCUCUGCUGCCUGCCGUGCGGCUGCGCCUGCUCUGUCCCGUGCCCUCAGAGGAGUGCCCCACGUGGAACCCAGGAACGCGCGCAGAGGGCUCCGAGUCCUGCCUGCAGCCGCGGCCCUUCCUCUGCUGCCAUGGGACAGAGACCUACCGGCAGCUGCAGGCCGCCCGGUCGUGGCCUGGCCAGGACUUUAUCCGCCGAGUCAAUGCCUUGGCCAAUGCCACUGUGCUCCUGCCGGACCCCCUCUCCGGAGCCCACGGGGCCCUGUCCCUGGCCGAGGCCUCCAGCUUCCUGGGCAUCCUGGAGAGAGUCCUGGCAGAGGAGGCAGCUCCGCUGGGGCCAGCUGCGCUGCUGGCGGUCUUGCGCUUCCUGAGGAGGGCGGUGGCCCUGGGAGCUGGCGAGCCAGAGCCCUUGCUGGAGCCCUGGGAGCGGCUGGGCCGGGGCGUCGUGUCUGUGGCCAGCCUGAUCCUGGAGGAGCGCUCGGCUGGUGCCUGGCUGGCCGUCCGCAAGGUGGUCGGCGGUCCUAUGGUCCUGGUGGCGAGUGUACAGCACCUGGCACCACUGCUGAGCACUGUGCUGUCCCCCGAGCAGCCCAGGGUGCACAUCCAGCACUGCCAUGCCGGCCUGGAGGUGCGGAGCCUGCGCUUGGAGGAGGCUGGCCCUAGGGACUAUGUGUUCACCAUGCCCGGUGGCCAUCCAGAGGGGCCCGGACACAUUGUCAUCCCAGCGGGCGAAGUGAGGCGGCUCCUUGGGAAAGGCCUCUCUGGGGUCACCAUGAUCCACAGCUGGUUCACCUCGAGCAUCUUGCAGUACACCCUUGGGGAGCCUGGCCUCGAACGCCAGGCCCCCACCAGCACGGACCAGGCAAGCACGGUACAGAGGUCCCAGAGCACCCAGGUCGGCUCAGCGGUCAUCUCCUCUGAGGUGCGGGACGCUGCCGGGGAGGUCAGCACGGCUGUGACCUUUCACCUGCAGCACCAGGCCCAGGCCUCCCCGCAGAGGCUGGUGGAGCCGGUCUGUGCUUUCUGGAACUUCAGCCCCGGCCGAGACGCAGGGGGCUCCUGGGCCAGCCGGGGCUGCUCCGUGACUGCCCUGUACCCCGACUCCACCGCCUGCUUCUGCAACCACAGCACCAGCUUCGCCGUCCUGCUGCAGGUGUGGGACGUGCAGAGAGGCCCGGAGGAGGAUUCGCUGCUGCGGACGCUGUCGUUUGUGGGCUGCGGCGUGUCCUUCUGCGCCCUCACCACCAGCUUCCUGCUCUUCCUGGCGGCAGGGGUUCCCACGUCGGAGCGGACCACGGUCCACAAGAACCUGACCUUCUCCCUGGCCUCAGCCGAGGGCUUCCUCAUGGCCAGCGAGUGGGCACAGGCCAGCCAGGUGGCGUGUGUGGCUGUCACAGCCGCCAUGCACUUCCUCUUCUUGGUGGCUUUCUCCUGGAUGCUGGUGGAGGGACUGUUGCUGUGGAGCAAGGUGGUAGCUGUGAGCAUGCGCCCUGGCUCCAGGAUGAGGUUCUACUACGCCAUGGGCUGGGGUGUGCCUGUGCUCAUCGUGGCCGUGACCCUGGCUGUGUCCCGCCGUGACUACGUGGCCGCCGGCCACUGCUGGCUCAGUGUGCACACGGAUGCCAUCUGGGCCUUCGUGGGGCCUGUGCUGUUCGUGCUGGCUGCCAAUACCUGCAUCUUGGUCCGUGUGGUGCUGGUCACCGUGUCCAGCGCCCGCCGCCGUGCCCGCAUGCUGAGCCCACAGCCGUGCCUGCAGCAGCAGCUCUGGAUCCAGAUACGGGCCACCGUGAAGCCAGUGCUGGUGCUGCUGCCCAUCCUGGGCCUGACCUGGGUGGUCGGCAUCUUGGUGCACCUCAGCCCGGCCUGGGCCUGUGCUGCCGUGGGCCUCAAUUCCAUCCAGGGGCCAUACAUCUUCCUGAUCUACUCCGCCUACAACGGGGAGGUGCGCAGCGCCCUGCAGAGGAUGAUGGGGAAGAAGGCAGCCACGGAGGGACCCGUGGCCCCAGAAUCCCCACAGCCUUCUCCUCCAUUGCAGAGCCUGAGAGACCGGCCGUGGAGCUGA